UUUGAGGGCUGCAAGAAAGCCUUUUCCAGACUAGAAAAUCUCAAAAUUCACUUAAGGAGCCAUACGGGUGAAAAGCCGUACCUUUGUCAGCACCCUGGCUGCCAGAAAGCCUUCAGCAACUCCAGCGACCGUGCCAAGCACCAGCGGACACAUGUGGACACUAAACCUUAUGCAUGUCAGAUUCCAGGAUGUACAAAACGAUACACAGAUCCAAGUUCCCUAAGAAAGCAUGUGAAAGCCCAUUCUUCCAAAGACCAACAAGUGGGGAAAAAGUUGCGAUCAAAUGCAGAAGCUGGCCUGGACAUCCUGAACAACUGCCUUGCAGUCCAGCCCCUCCAGCCAGCACCAUCGCCGCAUGAUGCUGCAGAUAAUACUAUGGGACACUCCCCACGGCUUGCUCACAAUAUUUACCCAGCAGCCAUGUUCCCCAGCACACAGACAAGUGGAAGUGCACCAGCAGCUGGGGCAGUGUCCUUCUCCCACCCCAGCAGUCACCUUUCCCCAGGACAUAACAUACAGGGUACUGCUCUCCAUCCUCUGCUCUCAGCUGCGGACUCAGAGAGGUUUGUUGCUCCAGCUCCUUCUCACCACAUAAACACCCAGGGAAUUUCAGUUCCGCACCACAUGAUGCAGAGACAGAUGCCGCAACCUCCCCACCUUCAACAGCCUGCAGGAACGUCUCUAAAGACAUACCAGCCAGCAACAAGUCCUUCUUUUCAACUAAAUAGCCUCCACAACCAAGGGUUAUAUGGGCAGCUUCAGACUUUCUACCCUCCACAUUAUGCUGAACCUCAGAAGAAUGUACAAGAUAGCGUUUCUUGCAAUACAGUUCCUCCUUUUGAAGACUGCUUAGUUCCCACAUCAGCGGACCAGGCAGGACUUGGCACUUUCCAUCGAACUUUUUCAACGCACUCUGGUAUCGCAGUUUAUGACUUUCCAGCAGGGUCGGUAGGUAUCUUUGGUGAUUCAGCUCACAGCACGCCAGAGGAUAGCAGUUUCCUACAAGUAAAUGCAGUGGAUUGUUGUUCUAGCCAGCUUUCUUCUGUCUACACUGAAGGCUAA